AUGAAACAAGGUCCUCUGGAGGAUGGCCUGGAGGAAGAGGAUGAGGAGUGUGUCUCCGAAGAGAAUGAGCUCCUGGCCAAAGAUGAGUUCUCGGUGGAAGAAAACUUCCCUGCCGAGUUUGAUACUGAGAACAUGAGCUGCGAGGACAUGGAGUACUUCUGCAAUAAAGGAGAAGAGAAUGGCAAUCGAGAGGCAGGAGAGCAAGAGGUGGACAGCCAGGCUGAGAAGAAGAGGCACACUUCAGUAGGACCGGAUGAAUGGGACGGUCCAAGAGAGCUGGAUGCAUUUCUUAAAGAUGGCGAACGCCGGAUCCAAAGCCGUCAGCAACUGCCUGUGGGAACAACUUGGGGCCCCUUUGAAGGGAAGAUUGAAAUGGGAACCGAGAACAGUUGCCUGAAGACGAAGAGCACGGUCCCGGUGGUGCUGAGCGCCGGCCCCAAGUGGCUGCUGGAUGUGACUUGGCAGGGAGCAGAGGACAACAAAAACAACUGUGUGGUGUACAGCAAAGGUGGCCAACUGUGGUGCACCACCACCAAGAACAUGAUGGAGGGCGAAGAGCUGGUGGCGUUUGCAGUUGACUUUGACUCACGUCUGCAGGCAGUCAACCACAUGUCUUUGAGCGAGGGCAUGUACCCAGCCAGGCUGCUGGACAGCAUCCAGCUCUUGCCGCAGCAGGCUGCAAUGGCUUCCAUCCUACCCACUGCAAUUGUCAACAAGGACAUCUUUCCCUGCAAAGCAUGUGGGAUCUGGUUUCGCAGCGAGAGGAAUCUACAGGCGCAUCUGAUGUACUACUGUAGUGGGCGGCAAAGAGAACCUGAGACGGUUGUUGAAGACAGUGACACUGGCCCCCACCAGACCUCCAGUAUGUGCCCGUUCCCACAAUGCAACAAGACUUUUUCUGGGGCCAGGGCCCUAGAGAUGCACCUGACCACCUCACACAGUGGUGUCAAAAUGGAAGAGAGCCUCCCUCCUGGCACCAGCUUGAAAUGCACAAUCUGUAACUACACGGCAGAUUCUCUUAUUACAUUCCAGCAUCACAUCAUGUCUCACCUGUCACAGGCGGCCUUCAGAUGCAAUCACUGCCAUAUCAGCUUUCAGAGCCACAGGGAACUCUUACAGCAUCAGGACUUACAUGGACAUGGCAACAAACUUCACAGGGAAGGCGAUGCCACCGAUCAUUCCCCCAGGGGGUCUGAGGAAAGCCUCCAGCAGCAGCAGCAGGCCUGCAGCGAGCUGGCCAACAGGAAGGAUGCUCUGCUGGGAAGCCCCAAAGGGGCCCUCAACAAGGAUACCAGCACAGACGGAGAGGCUGACAAGGCCGAGAAGAAGCCCAUGCUGUCUGCUCAGAAGGGAGAUGGCCACCCAGGAAGCAAAGCAAGUUUUUCUUACACUCGGAUCAAAUCUGAGCCCUCAAGCCCUCGUCUGGCCUCAUCCCCCGUGCAGCAUAACAUGCCUACAUUUCCCAUGGGCCCCUUCUUGUCUCAGUUUGCUUUCUCCCAAGAUAUUUCCGUGGUCCCCCAGGCUUCCGAGAUUCUAGCUAAAAUGUCCGAGCUAGUUCACAGGAGACUGCGUCAUGGAGGGAACAGCUAUCCCCCAGUCAUCUACAGCCCGCUUAUGCCCAAAGGAGCCACCUGUUUUGAGUGCAAUAUCACCUUCAGUAACCUGGAUAAUUAUUUGGUUCACAAAAAGCACUACUGUAACAGUCGCUGGCAACACAUGGCAAAGUCACCUGACUUCUCCGCCCUUUCUGACAAGGUCCCUGAAUCCGUGAGUCCGAAUAGUGGUCACACUUCUGUCAGCAUGUUGACUGGAUGCCAUCCUGCUGAAGGCGACAGUCACCUCAUGCAGUCAGCCUGCCUGAACUCCAGUAUGUUGGACAUGAUCAAUGCUGGGGCCAAAGGGCCUGAUAAGGAUCUAUCCGUGCAAGUGAAGAAAGUAUCUACACCAACUGGGGUGGAAGAGAGGCUAAAUGGAAAACAGAUCGAGGGGAAAAGCCCUAGUACUGGUCUAGUGGAGAGCGACAAUGACCCGAGCAAGACGACCUGUGAUGCCUGUAAUAUUACCUUUAGCCGCCACGAGACCUACAUGGUACACAAGCAGUACUACUGCGCCACUCGUCACGACCCGCCCAUGAAGCGCAUGUCCAACAACAAGGUACCCUCCAUGCAGAGGACCAUGAGAACUCGUAAGCGAAGGAAGAUGUACGAGUUAUGUCUGCCAGAUCCGGACCAUCAAAAGAACCCCAUGGGACAGCCAGGUUUCCUUGGGGUCCAUCCUAUGAAUCCUUGCACGUCCCAAGAAGCUGUUGACAGCCUCGGAGAUCGUUUUCACCCCCGCAGUGACAUCUUUCCAGGUAUGGUCCCUAAACACCUGGAGGCCUCUCUGACUGUCACGAAACCUAUUUUCACUCCCAAAUGCAAUACAGCGGAGCCACAAGAGUUCGAUGCCCCUAUCGAUCUCAGCAAAAAGUGUUCGGCACUCUCUGAUAAGACAUGUAGCUCUCCAAAAAGACUGUUAGACUACCAUGAAUGUGCAGUGUGCAAAAUAAGUUUCAACAAGGUGGAGAACUACUUGGCGCACAAACAGAACUUUUGCCCAGCUACUGCUGCUGCAACCGCUCAGAAGGCACAACAGACAAAUCAACAGCAGCAACAAAAUGAGACGGGAAGCGUGGACGCAACUAUGCUCCCAGACGCGAAGAACGAAGGCAGUAACAACACUGCCGAGACCUACGAUAAGAGCCCCAGCAAAUGUGAAAAAAACGGCAAUGGGAAAGUGAUGGUGCAGAAUGGAGGCCUAUUCCCACCUCACCUGGGGCCCGCGCCGGGUCUCAAGCCUUUUGCUGAACCCCAGCUUAUCCCAUCAAAAGAUGAGAGCAAGAACAUGUAUCUGCCCCAUUGCCUUUAUCCUGGAGCAAUAAAGAAAAUGAAAAGUUCUGAGCAAAUUUCGCCGUAUUUUGGAAUAAAGCCCACUGACUAUGUGAGCGGAGGACCAGUGAUGCAAGGAGAGGCCGGCGAACAGGAGCAGAGUGUUAACGGGGGAGGAAGCGCAGGUGAUGCGGGAACAACCAGGGAACUGACCCAACAGCCUGCUGCUAAUGGCUGCCCUCACCCUGGCAAGGAGCCUCUCCCCCUGCUGCCCAAAAACCGAGGCAUGGUCAUUGUCAACGGGGGACAUAAGACGGAAGAACGUUCAGUCACAGCAUCGCAACAGGAGAACCAGCCCCAGCCAGAUGGCCAACCCACUAAUCCCUCACCGACGUGGGCCGCGGAGAACCCAGCAGACUCCAAUGAGAACAUGUCACCUUCCUCCAAGUCCCCAAACGAGGAAGCGGCACCCACAGCCAAUAAAGGGAUGAAUGGCUCCGGAAGUAGCAAGUACUGUCGCCUCUGUGAUAUCCAGUUCAACAACCUGUCAAACUUUAUUACCCAUAAGAAGUUUUACUGUUCAUCACAUGCUGCAGAGCAUGUUAAAUGA